AUGGCCAGUUUCCAAAUACACAACGACCCUAACAACAAGGAGAACCCGGCCAAAACUGGGCCGGCUGUCCUGAAGGAAAAGAAUAUGGGUGCCAUCAAGCAGCCCCUGGCCGUGAUCGGCGGUAUUAAGGAGAAGGUUGCACUGGGCCCCCGCGCCAAUUUUGCUGUGCUUAAUACCCACAACAACAAUGGAAAUGUGCAGCGUGCUCAUCCAGCGCCAUCAGGGAAAAUGCAAUUCUUACGCGACGUAAAGAACGUCAAUACGGACGAGAACACUGACUACACUGGCCUGGCCGUGAAGAAAUCGAACGUUGUGCCCGUGGUGGAGCAGUUUAAGACAUUCUCUGUGUACGAGGAUAACAUCGACACGCAGGUGGUGCCGCCGGUCGCCGCCAAGGGGCAUUCCUCUGCCGACGACAAGGAGAAUCAGUACGACGCCAAGUACAAUGCGGCUCCCAAGGAGUACUCCAUCCAGCACGAAUAUGACCUCGAGGGGACCCCCAUGUCCGUUACCGACGUCAUGUCGCCUAUGUCUGUCGAUCGUUCGAUCAUCGAGGCCAGCAGCGCCAUUGACGAAAGCCCGGCCCAGGGCCCACAGUGUGGAGCUGCCCCCGGUGUCCAGGCUAAGGAGCUGCCACCCCGGAACGACCGCCAGCGAUUCUUCGAGGUGGUGCAGUACCAGAUGGACAUAUUGAAGAACUUCCACGAGAGCGAGAAAAAACGUCGUCCUAAGCGUGAGUACAUGCGCAAGCAGAAGGACAUUAACUACAAUAUGCGCUCGAUCCUGGUCGAUUGGCUGGUGGAGGUGUCGGAGGAGUAUAAGCUGGACACGGAGACCCUCUAUCUGUCGGUCUCCUACCUUGACCGCUUCCUCAGCCAGAUGGCAGUCGUGCGUCCAAAGCUCCAGUUGGUUGGCACUGCAGCCAUGUACAUUGCCUCGAAAUACGAGGAGAUCUAUCCACCAGAUGUGGGUGAGUUUGUCUUCCUCACCGACGACAGCUACACCAAGUCGCAAGUGCUGCGGAUGGAGCAGGUCAUCCUGAAGACGCUCUCCUUCGAUCUGUGCACCCCAACGGCCUAUGUGUUUAUCAACACGUACUCUGUGAUGUGCGACAUGCCCGAGAAGCUGAAGAGUCUGACUCUGUUCCUGUGCGAGCUGGCGCUUAUGCAGGGAGAACUGUACUUGGAGCACUUGCCGUCGCUGACGUCGGCCGCUGCGCUCGCCUUGUCGCGUCACAUACUGGGCAUGGAGAUCUGGACUCCGCGUCUAGAGGAGAUCACUACCUACAAACUAGAGGACUUGAAGACUGUGGUGCUGGAGCUGUGCCAAACGCACAACACGAGCAAGGAGCUCAACACCCAGGCCAUUCGGGAAAAGUACAAUAGGGAUAAGUACAAGAAGGUGGCUUCCAUCGAGACAAUCCAGCUGAAUGAGAAAGAUUUUGAUCAGCUCUUGCAGGGCUACAUGGCCAAGCAGAAACAGGAGGAGCCAGAGAUCAAUUCCAAAUCGGAAGUUAAUUUGUUUUAAGUGUUUUGUGCUGGCCCUUAGCCACGCCAAAUUUAUUUUUAGUUUAGUGUUCCAUGUAUUAUUUGUAGUUCUAGAGCUAAUUUUAUGUAACUGAGAAAUUGAUGGAAGUUGGAGAGAACAAAAAGGAAGAAAAGGCAGCAAAGAGGCGUGGAUCGGAUCGGAUCGGCGAGCUCCCGUAACAGGUACUGGACAAUUUUAUAUGCCUCGCCAUAUGAGAGAUUAGUCACCACUACAGCAAGCAACACCAACACCUCCUACUGUCCACGGUGAGAGCUUGCGGCCACGCCACGCCCCGCCACGACAGGACGAAAUAAGAGAGAUCCGAAGCUGCAGAAGUUUAGCAAAACUAACCAAGAAAAAAUAUGAACCACAACCAAGUCCAACUGCACUCCAUUGGUUAUUAAUAAAUUUUACUAUUUGAGUUCUUUAAUAUGUUCGCCAUGUAAUUCCUUUUUUUUGUAUUUAUAAAGAAUAUCACAUGAAUGUAUACAAUGUGUAUUUCACUAUAAUCACCAUAAUUACGCACUAACAGGGCUAGCUUCAGAAAUAAUAUUACAUAUUUAUAUACGUACUAACUAGAUAGGCUAUAAAUGUUCUGUGAACCACGCAACAAUUGUAACAAAAUACACACAUCAAAUUACACCAGACACUUAAUAGAUUUUACUUAAACCACAUCACAAGACAAGACACCAAGCCACAGAACCAUCCAAUAACGUCCACCCCUAUUGCCUGAUUCGAACUGUAACACAUAUCUUGAACCCAACGACGCUUACACACACUCAAGUAUUUUAACCAACCGUUUUGCUGGUGGCUUAGCGAAGCUCUUUUACCAUUAGAUACAUAUAGUACGAUCUACUAACCCCUCAAAUGUAACUUGAUAAUAGAUAGCAUUGCUGGGAGCAGUCUCCUCGCGUGCUACAUAUUCCAUAAAAACGUAUUGUACUCAAUAAAAUUGUGAAAGUAA